CUUUAUUUCAACCAACACCAAUAGUUAUUAAUAUUGAUGUUUCCCCGAUUAACUUGUGAUAAUACAUCAAUUGGCAUACUCAUACAGGGUCAAUAUGAUCAUUAUGAAUAUGCCUUCGAUUGGUUUAUAUCGAUCAAGAUAUAAAUCACGUUCCAAGUUGAGGAAUCGUAAUUUCAUCGCUAUUCUGUUGGCUUUUCUGGCAUCUUUUUGUAUUUUGUUUCACCUCAUUUCAUUCAAUAACUAUGGCUUCAAAUCUUUGGCUACUUGCUUGGAAGGUGCAACAAGAUCGAAAAGCUUCCAUGCAAAUAAUCAGGUUAAUCAUGGGAUUGAAGAUAACAUUGAUAACACUUAUGGGUUCAGACACAUUGGAGAUGAUAUUGAAUCACAGAAUGACGAGAAUCAGGCAUCUUCCACUUCAACCUUAUCUUAUUAUUCAUCAUCUUCAUCAUCCGUUGAAUUAGUUGACUCAUCGUUACACUUUCCUCGGACUCGACGUCGACUUCCCGGUUGCAUUAUAAUUGGAGUUCGUAAAGGUGGAACCCGAGCUUUACUUGAAUUUCUUAACCUUCACCCGUCAAUACAAAAGGCCUCCGAUGAGGUUCACUUUUUUGAUGACAACAACAAGUACGGCUAUGGUCUUACCUGGUACCGUAAACAAAUGCCUUAUUCGUUCCCUGAUCAAGUUACCAUUGAAAAGACACCAGCCUAUUUCAUUACCGAUUCAGUUCCUCAUCGAAUUCACUCAAUGAAUUCCUCAAUUAAACUGAUUCUCAUUGUUCGUGAUCCAGUAACCCGUUUAAUAUCCGAUUAUGCCCAACUGGCUGAGAACAAGGCUAAAAGAGAUCGUAAAAUGGCCUCAUUCGAACGGAUGGCCUUACAGCCCAAUGGAGCCGUAAACGUUGCAUACAAGCCAGUGCGAACAAGCCUUUAUUCAAUCUUCUAUUCAAAAUGGAUUCAACUUUUUCCAGCUCAUCAGUUACAUGUUGUUGAUGGAGAUCGUUUGGUUUAUGAUCCAUUUCCUGAAGUUCAAAAGGCUGAAACUUUCUUAGGAUUAGAGCACAAGAUAAGUCGUGAUAAUUUCAUUUACAAUGCAACUAAAGGCUUUUAUUGUGUCCGAAUCAAUGGAACCCUUGAAAAGUGCCUCAACGAAUCAAAAGGACGUCCUCAUCCUCAAGUUAAUCCUCAAGUGAUUCGGAUUCUUAGACGCUUCUAUCGGCCUUACAAUUACCAAUUUUACAAGAUGACGGGAAGAAACUUUGAUUGGCCUGAAGUAUGACCAAAGUCCAGCCUAAUGAUGAAAAUAGAUGGUAUUAAUGCUGAUGAUGAUGACAGUAGAUUCCAAAAACAGGUUACAACGAAACAGCGUAAAUCAUCAAACAAAAUAACGGACAAACCAAAACCAAUAAGAUUGACAUGAUGUCUUUGUCAGUUUUGUCAGAGAUAUCAAUGCUUUUACAAAACAUGAAACUUUAAGGUUGUGAAAAAUGAGCCAUUUGAGAGGCCAAAAUAACUAUUGUUACCAAUUGUUAUUUUAUUUUGAGUUA